AGCACAGCAGCACUCAGUUUGCCCAAAACACCAGAAGAAGAAGAAGAGGAGCACCAAAACAUCCGGACGUCCUCGCACGGCAGCCCGAGCUAAACCCUCCAAACUACCGACACACACUCUGUCCCUGCAGCUCUCUGCUUUCUGUCUGUCGCCGCACGACAGCGAGAGGGUUUCGCCGCCAUGCCUGAGACUGAGAGCUACUCCAACCCUCUGGCUCCUGACGGCCAUGAGCUGGACGAACACCGCUCGGCUCUGCAGUCCAAGCUGACCAAUGAUGACUUCAGGAAGCUGCUGAUGACGCCGCGCUCCGCCCCCUCGUCGGCCCCGCCCUCCAAGUCCAGGCACCAUGAAAUGCCGAGGGACUACAACGAGGAUGAAGAUCCUGCAGCGAGGAGGAGGAAGAAGAAGAGUUACUACGCCAAGCUGCGGCAGCAGGAGAUCGAGCGCGAGAGAGAGCUGGCCGAGAAAUACCGAGACCGAGCCAGGGAGCGGCGGGACGGCGUCAACAAGGACUACGAGGAGACCGAGCUCAUCAGCACCACCGCCAACUACCGAGCCGUGGGCCCCACCGCCGAGGCAGACAAGUCAGCAGCAGAGAAACGUCGGCAGCUGAUCCAGGAGUCUAAGUUCUUGGGUGGAGACAUGGAGCACACUCACUUGGUGAAGGGGCUGGACUUCGCCCUGCUGCAGAAGGUGAGAGCAGAGAUCACCAGUAAGGAGAAGGAAGAGGAGGACAUGAUGGAGAAAGUCCAGAAGGAAGUGAAGAAAGACGUGGAGCCAGAGGAGAAGAUCGAGUUUAAGACGCGUCUUGGUCGCAGUAUCUACCGCGUGGUGUUCAGGUCCGGCCUGGCCGAGCGCAACGAGCUCUUCCUGCCGGGCAGGAUGGCGUACGUGGUCGACCUGGACGACGAGUUCACCGACACCGACAUCCCGACCACGCUGAUCCGCAGCAAGGCCGACUGUCCCAGCAUGGAGGCUCAGACCACCCUGACCACCAAUGACAUUGUGAUUUCCAAGCUGACUCAGAUCCUGUCCUACCUGAGGCAGGGAACCCGCCACAAGAAGCUCAAGAAGAAGGACAAAGGUAAACUGGAUGAGAAGAAGGCUCCCGAGGCUGAUCUCAGCAUCUUCGACGACAUCGGAGACUACAUCCCCUCCACCUCCAAACCUGCCGCCAAGGAGAAGGACCGACACCGAGACCGGGAGAGGGAGAGAGAGAGAGACAGGGAGAGAGAGAGAGACAGGGAGGACGACAAGAGGAGGCACAGCUACUUCGAGAAACCCCGAGGAGAAGAGCACCAGCCCUUGGAGAUGGAGACAGGUCCAGGCUCUGUCAGAGAGCAGAUAAAGAUGAUCAAUGAGAAGUUUGCAGGUGCAGCCGGCAGCCAAUGGCAGAGUCAGGAUACUGCGGGCCAGCGGAGAGACAGCAGCAAGGAGCAGCUGGGAGAUUUCUUCGGCAUGUCCAACUCCUACGCCGAGUGUUACCCUGCCACGAUGGACGACCUGGCUGUCGACAGUGACGAGGAAGUGGACUACAGCAAGAUGGACCAGGGUAACAAGAAGGGUCCUCUGGGUCGGUGGGACUUUGACACUCAGGAGGAAUAUUCAGACUACAUGAACAACAAGGAGGCGCUGCCCAAGGCUGCCUUCCAGUACGGCAUCAAGAUGUCUGAGGGCAGGAAGACGCGUCGCUUCAAAGAGACCAACGAGAAGGCCGAGCUGGACCGCCAGUGGAAGAAGAUCAGCGCGAUCAUUGAGAAGAGGAAGAAGAUGGAGGCAGACGGAGUCGACGUCAAGAGACCAAAAUACUGAGGACCUCGUCUGACCCCCCCAGGGCUGAUUGACAGCUUGACUUGGUCGUCAUGGCGAUUGGGUUGUUAGUUUUAGUGUGUAAUAAUGACUGUACCAUGUAAUAAUUAUUGAUGUUUAGAUUCGUUCAGUCUGAACACAGGAAACUCAGCACCUGAUAGUUUUAUGAGGCUUUUUUUUCCCCUGAUGUGUUUAAAAUCCUUGAUGUAAAUGUACACACACACACACACACACACACACACACACACACACACACACACACACAGUGACAGCCAAUAAAAGUGUGUGACUCAG